UGCUUUUUUUCUGAAUGAAAAGUUUAAGUUGUCAGCGGCAAAGCUUAUGCAUUUUAUAAUUAUUAUUGUACUAACUUGAUAGACUAACUUUAACUUCAAUAAAAAUGACGCAAAGAUCGAAAAAGUCUCAUUACAUUUUCAAUCGAUACGUGCGGACACCACAACCGGGCUCAAACCUCGAGCAGCAUGAAGGACAGGAAAACGAACUUGAGUCGAAGAGUUUAUUGAAAUCACAAAUCGAAAAGGGCGAUCAUGAAAAACCAACCCGAAUUGAAGAAGAGAAUGAACCAGUACAAGAUACGACAUCAAUAUCUUUACACUUCGCAAACCAAGAUGCUAAAAGACAAUCUAAAACACCUGGAUCUAAUGUUUCCAAGGUCCAGACAGGUACUAAAUCUGCAGCCAGAAGUGGCAAAGAUUCCAGGGCGCUUUCCAGUAGGGCCAAAACUGCAGUGGUUCCUUCUAAACCUGGGUCAAGAUUGAAGUCAAACCAGUCGCAGAAACCAGGGUCAGCGCAGAAUAGAUCUAAGAUUGUGAAAAGUCAGGGAACGCCUGGAUCUGGAAAAGAAGACGAUGAGGCUGACAAUGCAAGGAUGCAGCGCAGUUUGAAAGACAGAAUUCUCCACUUUAGCGAAGGAGAAGGUAGCGACGAAGAUGGAAGCGGAUUUGACGAGUUUGCGAGUGAAGAUGACGAAAACUGGGACGAAUCUGCUAGUGUUACUCAAGCACCUAGGGGAUCUACGCGUGAACGAAUUGAACAGUUGCGAGAAGAGCCGGAUGAAGAACUCUCUUGGGUUCCAAAGUUUAUCACGGCCGCCGAAGCAGUUCUGCCUGGAACAGACAGUGACUACGACACAGACCUUGAACUAGAUGAUGUGAAGAUGAAACUCGAAAUUGGGAUCCAGAACAUCUACGAGGGAUCCGGUCGGACUAUGUACGAGGCCACUUGCCGGACAGAGGGAGUUGUCCCGAUCUCAUUCAUGAUGGAACGAAUGGAAAACCGAUGUGUGACGAUGCGCCAUCACUACAUGAAUGACAGGGAAGCAGUGUGUCUUGCCAACGGACUCAAACAUAACACUAUGACAGAAGAACUAGACCUCGUUGACAAUGGAAUCGGGACAAUCGGCGGCAGAGCUUUUGCUGAAAUGGCUGUCAAGAACAAAUUUCUGCUCAGACUUAAUUUAGCCCAAAAUAAAUUAGGAAAUGAAGGGGUUUACCCGUUCUACAGGGCACUAGAACGUCACGACAAUUUACAGACGUUAGUGUUACGUAAUAACGGACUGACUAGAACCGGUUUGAAGGAGUUCUGCAAAGCGUUGAGACUAAAUAAUGGACUACAAGUUUUAGACAUCUCGGAGAACUUGCUGGAAGCUCAAAGUGCGAUGCUAGUUUUUGAAGCACUUAUGCAAAAUCUGAGUCUCUUCGACCUUGACAUUUCAUGGAACCGCAUCCAAGGCGACAAGGUUUGGAAAUUGUUCGCAAAAAUGCUCAAAGCAAACAACUCAUUGGAGAUUUUUAACUUCGCCAAAAACGGAAGCGGCGACCGGUUUUUCUCUCUGACGUUCAAAAUGUGGAAAAAACAGGGCGGCAUUAAAAUGCUGGACGUGAGUGAAAAUAGACUGACAAUGCUAGCUGUCAAGAAAAUGUCACUGGCGUUGACUAAAAACACGACCUUGGAGUAUCUGCGACUCGGAGGAAACCAAAUCGGAGACGAUGGAGUUGUUUGGUUGCUGAAAAAAGUUCUGAACAAAAACAUGACAAUUCGAGUUCUCAGCAUUGAAAACGUUCGUAUUUCUCCCGAGAUGAUGGAAACAAUAGCCGAACUGCAGUCCGACAACGACCGAUUCAUCAUCAUUUACGGAAACGGACGAGAUAUUAGUUCACAUGUUGUAGGGAUCAUCGACAAAGUGGUUAAAUACAUGAAAGAAAACGAAAUUCCGCCGCUUGAGUUGUACUUCCAGAAGCCGACCAAAUCAAUUCCUCCUUCGGCAAUUAACAAAGUCGAGUUGGACGAACUGGAAAAGCUGAAACUCGACAGCGUAAUCCAUCGGCUCAAAUUACUCAAUAUAAACUUCAACGAUGACCAAAUUAGGAAACUAUUGCUCUAUAUGGAAGUGGAUACUGUAGAUGACAUCAAAACGAUGGUGUUCAACAAACCGACAGGUCUUGAGUCCGACGACGAAGCAAGCGACGAGCUGUUCUCGCUGAAUGCAUGGGAACCAAAAAUGCACAGGUGGCUGGAAAAACAGCUGAAGCUGUUGACUGCAAUAGAAAUAGCAGAUUUCUGCUGGAAUUUCCACAGAUAUUUUUUGUAUCUCAAGGCCAAAAUAAUCGCGACUCGAGAGCAACAAAACGUGCUGCUGGACUCAAAAGUUCUGAAACUUAUUACUCUCAGAGAGCUAACACAGCAGUUCAAAUAAUGUUCACACAGUUCAGAUAUCUCUUAAGCAACUACACCCUCCUUCGGUACCUAGUAUAAGUACAACACCCCUGCGAAGAACUAAUUUGGUGGCUAAGCUUAUUCAAAUAUUGAACAAAAUAACGAGUUUUGCCUUUUAGCGAAAUCGAGAGGUGAGACGGGAGAGAGGGGGAGGGGAUGUUUAAGAGGUCACAGUUCAAUUAUCAUAUUUGAUUUUAAAAAAUUUACUUAGUUUGUAAAGGUAAGAAUCAAUUUCGUUUUAUCUGUCUGAAAAAUUGUUCAUAUUUUUUUCAAACGCAAUUUUAUUAUUAGAAGCAGUCAAUUUAACAUUUAUUUUGGCAAA